UCCUGUUCAGUUGGUUUAUCUAUGCAUGUGUUCAUCACACAUGUCUGUUCCUUUCGCGUUAGAGGUGUCUGCUGUCAUAACAUGUUGUUCACCGGCUCGACAUUCUCGAUUCUCAAACGCGUAUCACUUUUUUCUGUCAAUUUGUGUAUGUACUAGUAUGUACCAGUUUUAGAAUUACAAAUAUUACAAUUUGAGUGAAUUUCAAGUAAUUGUAACUUACCGAAAUAAUAGAUAUUCAAUGCAGUGCUGAAAGUAUCUAAAUCACUUACAAUGGAUCCCAGAGGAACACACGGUUCGCAAGUUCAAAAUGAAACAUCCUCGGAUGAGUUUGUGCUGUAUGUCAGAUUGCCAAGCUUACAAGAGAUGGCGUACAGCCAAAUAGCCAUUUCAGUGUGGUAUAGAUACGGUUCAACUCCAUGUCAACAACGAGACUAUGGAUAUGAGUAUCCUCCGAUCUCGGUCGAUGAACUAGAACUAAUGGAUUGCCAUAAACUGAUAAAAACGUUGACGAUGCCUCGAUUUAUGGAAGAAACCUUGAAAAAAUAUCUAAAGAGGGUUCGCGAAGAAACAAUUAGUUGCACUCAAUACUUCGAAUACAAAUUACUUUCAUCAGACUUAUACGGGUAUGAAAUCGAGUCCGUUGAUUGGGAGUAUUUUGUGUGGUGUCCAGACGGUAGAAUCAAUUAUAAAAGCACCGCCAUCAAAAUGUUGCAUUCGGACGUGUUGACUGAGGUACAGAAGUUCGCCAUCAUGAGUGAUUUCUGCCUGGAAAAUGAGAUUGAAAUCUUCGAUCUGAAUCGCCUUCCUAUGGAAACCUUUAUCCCAAAAGUAAACGAAGACAGUGAUUAUUUAUUGUUUUACUGGAUCCGCUACCUGUGGAACGAAACGCACGGAAAGAUUCCAUUCUCAUUUCGUAAACCUUCUCAUUAUGAUAGAUUCAGUUUGACUUAUUUUAAGAGCCACGGGGCAGCGUUCGAUUAUUACUGGAAUCGUUUGAGUGCUGAAGAUCAAGUAUCCUUUAUCAGGGACAGAUUAUGUGCGAAUGACUAUUCUAAGGGCUGGCAUUAUAGUCUCUUUUGCAAGAUGUCGGAUGAUCAAUUAACAAAGUUACUGGUCUGUGAACCAGUUGCUAUGAUAUCAGUUUUUAUUAAAACAACAGAAACGCUUGAGUGGGCUAUUACGGCUUGGAAGCGGUGUAAAAAUUGGAUAUCUAAUGAGCAAUUUGUCGAGUUAUUGGAGAGCGUACUUCACAAAAGCGACAAAUAUCCUAUCCUUCACCAAGAGUACAAAAUGAGCGUUUUAUUGGAAAUUUGGAAUACGGCCAACGAUGACCAUAAAAAUUAUGCAGUGAGACAGGCACAAUUGGAAAAUGCUGUCGUUCAUCCCAUACUGUCAGGUGAUCCACAUCUCUGGAAAAAAAUAGCACCCAGUAGUUUCAAGUUUCUACUGGAAUUGUUAUCUUUGAAAAGCGCGGAUUUCAGAAAAAAUCUGAUUCUCAAAGGUGACCCCUCAUUUAUAUGUAAUUUUGAUUUCAAUUUCGUACAUGAAAUAUUUGAGUUAUGCUUGCCAAAUUUCCAAAGUAACGUGGAAUUCAAAAAUGAUUGGAGUAAGCACAUAAUUGAUCCUUAUUUAUGUGAAAUUUUAUACUCCGAAGAAGAUUACGAUGAAUUGAAUGGAAGAUUGUUGCGUUCCUUUCAAAAGUUGUAUAUUUCUUCAAAUGAUUUUAAAAAAUUCAUCGAAUCAUUGAUUAUAGCCAAUAAAAGAGGAUACAAAACUUAUUAUCCCUACACUGGCAUUGAUAAUUCUGAUUUGAUACGAUUGAGUGAAUUCAUCAACGACAUUCUCCUAGGAAAUGUGUCCACAGUGUUGAAAAUGAAACAAGCAUACCUUUCCUCAUUUUCUGCCCACAGAGAUCCGUGUGAACGCUACGUUAGUUUGAAUGAAUUGAGCAAACUAAUUGAGCAGGAGUUUGUACAUGAACAUUUGCAAGAGUUGAAACACAGAUUAGCUGAAAAACUUCAAGCAACCACUGUCGAACAGUGGGUUUCAUAUGUGUUGAAUUAUGAAAAAGUCUACUGUGUUUUUUCAUGGUGUUAUGAAAACGAAAAAGAAAUGUUUCUACAAGUUAAAUGUUGUAUACCAAUUACCAAUAUUGUUGGUAAGGUUCUUGAAGGAAUUGUUCGCCAAAACACAUCUUCAUAUUAUUAUUUUGCAAUUUCGACUUUCAGUAACUUGGAGAGAUUUCUGGAGUGGUACUUCUCAGGUGUGGCAAAAGAAGUGAUAUCUUUCAAAUCAAGUAUAAAGAAUGAUCCUGAGAAUGCUAAAAUUUUAGAAUACACGCGGGCAAACAAAAAUGGCAACUGGCUUCGUUCAGAAUUUUUAAAUUGGAAUUGGCCAGUCAAAUGAGCGCGAUGUUGAAAGAAGUAUCUACCUAUAGGGUAUUCCAUCUACCAUAUGAUAAACAUGUUCCAAAACCUUCAUUACUUUGUUAGGAGAUAGAUCGAUUAUGCAUUUUUUAAAUCUCACUAUAAUACUAGCUAGGAGUUUCGAUUUUUAAGACAUCUUUGUAUUUGUAAUUCAAAAUAAAAAUUGCAGUGUCCGUGUCAA